AUGCCACGAGAGGUCGAGCCCUCGCUCAAUGAGCGCCAAUUCAUCCGCGACGCACUCUUCGAAAGCAUUCGUCUUGAUGGCCGUCAACUCGAUCAAUACAGAAAUCUAGAGCUUGAAUUCGGCGACGUCUAUGGCGUUGCUGAUGUUCGAUUGGGCAAGACGAGAGUUGUCGUACGUGUCUCUGCCGAAGUAACAACACCCUUCCCUGAUCGCAAGUUCGACGGCGUCUUCACAAUCUCCACCGAGCUCUCACCCAUGGCCUCUCCCGCCUUCGAAGUCGGCCGUCCCAACGAUGCCGAAGUUGUCCUAUCACGUCUACUAGAAAAAUCCAUUCGUCGCUCAGGAGCCUUGGAUACGGAAUCCCUCUGCAUCAUCGCCGGCGCAAAGUGCUUUGCAGUCCGCGCAGACAUACACGUUCUAGACCACGAUGGAGGUUUAAUCGAUGCCUGUUGUAUCGCCUUAGUCGCCGCUCUACAACAUUUCCGCCGGCCUGAGGUUGAAGUACAUGGAGAAGAUGUCACAGUAUUCGAUAUUCGCGAGCGCGAACCUGUCAAGCUUGCUAUGCAACAUCAUCCCUUCUGUGUCUCUUUCUCCUUCUACCAUGGUGGAGAGACGGUCCUGCUGGAUGCAAACCUCGCAGAAGAGAGUGUGCGCGAUGGCGAGAUGAUUGUUAGUAUGAACCGCCACGGCGAGGUCUGCCAGAUUGCAAAGUAUGGAGGUGUGCCUGUUGAUCCUCUAACUACUUUGAACUGCUCAAACGUUGCGCUUGAGAAGGUCAAGGUUCUGCAUCAGUUUGUGCAGUCAAAAUUGGAUGCAGACGAGAAGAAGAGGGACAAGGGCGGUCUUAUGGCUGAGCUGAAUGCUGCAAACUCGAGAGAGCUUGCUAACAUCCCUGGCUGA